AUGGAGACAGCUGGACGCAUGGGACUACCAGGUGCACGUUGGUAUGCAGAAAUGCUUAUACGAGAGCGUGAUUGGGGUGCUAUGGAUCUCAUGAGCGAACAAGAACGAUUUAUCAAGAUGCAGGACGAGCUUAAACGACGAGAACUUAAUCGAUUCUAUUAUGCUCCUCCUGGAGGUGAAUCCUUGGCUGCUGUGGCUCAACGUGCCGAUCGUUUGCUAGGUAUAUUGAACCAAGAAUGUCAUGACAAACAAGCUAUUGUAGUCGCUCAUGGAGAAGUGAUUUGGGCCAUGCGAACACGGCUGGAGAGAAUGUCACAGGAUACGUUCAUUGAACUUCAGGAGUCGGGACGUAUGGUGGACCAGAUUCAUAAUGGCCAUAUCCUGCAUUAUACCAGGAAGGAUCCACAAACAGGAGAAAUGGCGCCGUUCUUUACGCACGUGCGUUCGAGUAUCUUGAAAAAGACGUACAAUGGCGCCAAGUCAUUGUCGAAAGGAGACGUUGUUCCAGAUGUGUCGGAGUCGGACGACCCGGUGAGCUCGAACAGCGGUUCAGCAUCUAUCACAGAAUCCUCAAGUCCUUCAGAGGCAUCGGUAAAGGCGGAAGAGCGCCAAACACCACUGUUAAUACAAGGAAAGCCUAUGCUUAACUUGAAGAAAGUCGUUGUGGUGAAAAAGACGUCACGAUUCCAGCAUGAAGCUGAGCUGUACGGCAACGGCGGAGAAGCAUUGAGGAAGCAAAUGUCGAUGCGAGGAUUUAUUCAUGAUCGUUUGAAAGCAAGCCAUGAACAUCACAUUGAGGCUGUGGAAGAAAUCACUAACAGUUUUAAGGAUCGCAACAUUGAGGUCAAAGUUGUCUCGGCAACUCAACUUACCCACGAGGCAGUAGCCGGAGCUGAUAUGAUAUUUUCUGCUGGCGGUGAUGGGACAUUUUUGAAGACAGCAAGUUUUGUAAAUACUCCGAUACCUGUGGCAGGCUUGAACACUGAUCCGAAGCGGAGCGAAGGCAAUUUGUGCUGCUAUAAAGUUGACAAUGUUACUCAUCGAUUCAGUACGGCAUUGGACCGCUUGCUAAAGGGAGACUUCAAAUGGCGACUGCGCCAGCGAAUCCAUGUUGGAAUGGUGAACCAAGAUGGAUAUUGGUACGAGUUGCCUCGCUUUGCGUUGAACGAAGUGUUUAUUGCAGAAAGUGAUGCAUCCCGACCAUCGCACUACAAUAUUGGCAUCGAUCAGCACCAACGAGAAUCCCACCGCAGCAGUGGUAUUCUCAUGUGUACGGGUACCGGUUCUAGCGCAUGGUACUCAAGUGCGUGCCAAAUAUAUCGAGAGCAGGUCGCGAAUGUUCUCAGCGCGAUGAAUCACACACAUACAAAUGAGACAGUCACAGAGUUGACAGAAUUUAUAAACAAGCAAAAUGUUUUUCCUGAAGACUCGCGUGACAUGGGCUACGUCGUGCGCGAGCCGAUUAUUAACGCCACGUUUGGUGAUAUCCGAUUUAGACGAGGCAAAGCUCGACGGGUGUCGAUGCGAUCCCUUGGAUGGGAUAUGAGAGUCAACAUAGAUGGAAUCUACUCAGUGCCAUUAGAUUAUGGUGUUCAGGCGGUAAUGAAGAUUGCUGACGAGCCAAAAUACGUUUUGCGAACUGUGAAUUUCUCCCCUUAA